GAACAUGCUAGAGACGAGGGAUGCGUGGGGGAAAUAUGGCCGCCAUAUCCCCACCAGAGUCUCCAGAACGACAUAACUCCCUGGCGGAGGAUGUCCACACAUCUGGGAGCAGGUUAGACGCGGUGGGGCAGGAAGGAAACUCACCCCAGACGGAAGAAAGGACUUUUAAUAAACCCGAGCUGAGCCAGUAUACCCAGCACAGUGCCAAUGUUGGAAACGACAGCGCUUCCUUUCCCAGCCAUUCUGAGGUUAGUGAACCCGGGGCUAAAGGCGACCAAACAUGUAAUUCACUGGAAGACGGAGCGUCGGAACCAAAAAUGGCCGAGUCUCCAGGAGGGGAGCAGCGGCCUUUCGACUUUUCCGAGACAGAAGACGACGACUGCGAAGAGUCUCACUCCCACAAGGAGGAAAACAAUAAUGAGACUACACAGAGUGUGCUACCAGAAACAUCGGAUGAAGCGUUUCCUGCUGCACAGGAAAUUCACGAGAAGGAAAAUUCCUGUGUUGAUCAACCAAGCUUCGUGAAGGAGCCAAGAGAAACCCAAGCGGAAGAUAUGGACUUGGAAAUGGUUGAAGACCACGACAUGGCUGACAAACGCCAGGAUGCUGAUUUAACAUCCAAGCCAAAAAAAUCUCGUUUUGAGUGCAAAGAGUGCGGAAAGUGCUUCACCCGCCGUGAGACGUUUUAUCUUCACCGUCACUAUCACGCUCACAAGGACGAGCUCGUGCCGCUCACCUGCAAAGAAUGCGGCGUUUCCUUCAGCGACCGCCGGAGCCUCAUCAAACACAGACAUGAACACGAGGAGAAAGAGGAGGCCAAGUACGAGGAGAAAUGUAGUUAUGAGUGCGCCGAAUGUGAGAAGACUUUCUCUUCGGUGCGAAAGCUGCGGUCCCACAAAUGCACCGUUUCCGACGACAAGCCUUACCGCUGCACGGUGUGCCGCCAAGAGUUCCAGUACAGAUUAUCCGUCACCAAGCACAUAUUGAACCACUCCAAGGAGGACAGCGUGAAAUGCGAGGUGUGCGGUCAAACCUUCGCCGACUACAGAAUCAUGCGCGUCCACCAACGGCGUCACCCGGACAUUAAACCGUUCGAAUGUCCCGAGUGCGGCAUGGUUUUUAAAUACCACUCCAUCAUGGAAGACCACCGUCGCAAGCACACUAGCAAGCAAGCCUCUCACCUGUGCAACAUUUGUGGUAAGACUUUCAAGUACAGCAGUCUCUUUCAACAGCAUCAGUAUCUGCACACGGGCGAGAAGGCGUUCGGCUGCCCCGAAUGUGGUAAAAAAUUUGCUUUUGCUCAGAAUAUGAAGGCACACUGUCGCAAGCACAGGCUGCAUCAACCCGACACGCUUCCGGCGACCGAGCAGACCGCUGUGUCCGCACCGAGGAAAGACAACGCACACCAGACUGAAGAACCAAAACGCACUUUUAACUGUCCUCUUUGUCCCCAGACGUGCAGCACUCCCGCCAACCUGAGAGCCCACAUGCUUAUUCAUGAGAUGGAGUAUGAGACACUGGAGAGAAGCACACAGCCGCCCCCAGAGGUUAAAAAGGUUUGGGACAAAGGGCACACGUGUCCACACUGCCCGUGUACUUAUCGCGAUGAGAUAAGUUUACGCUUACACAUAUUGAAAGCCCAUAAGUAUGUAGCACAAGAUUCCGACAAAAUGGCAGCCGUCACCCCGAAAGAAUCCAAGCCUCGAAUAGGUGAAAAUACACUGGCGAAAUUCUCAAACGAAGGCUUAGCGAUUAGGCCGUACAAGUGCUCCGAGUGCGGGAAAACAUUCCGCCAUCGCUCGGUAUUAGACUUGCACAUGCGUAUACAUUCCAAGGAUAAGCCGUACCAGUGUAAAGUGUGCGGCAAAGGCUUCCGCUUCGGCAGCUACUUGCAGCAGCAUCUCAUCAUCCACUCGGGAAAGAAGCCGCACAAAUGUCCCGACUGCGGGAAAGACUUUGCCUUCUUGCAGAACAUGAGAACCCACCAGAAGCUGCAUCAGGAAAAACCCUUCCGCUGCACCAGUUGCCGCAAAGGCUACAGCGACGAGCUGCAACUCCAGCAUCACAUGCUCUCGCACAACGGCGAGAAGCCUCAUAAAUGUCACCUCUGCGAGAAGAGUUUCGGGUUGGCGUAUCUGCUCCGAGAUCACAUGAACACGCACACGGGGGAGCGGCCUCAUCACUGCGGCGAGUGCAACAAAUCCUUUUCCUGGUUGAGCAGUUUACUUGUGCACCAGAAGAUCCACUCUCGUAAGCGGCAGAGUCAGGGUCAUUCGUUCAACGCUGCCGCAAGGGUGAGAGGCAGGGGCGGCAGAGGGGGGAGGCCAACAUGGGGUAUGUCUAGACUGUCAGGGGGGCCUCCUCUUGAUGCUGACCUGCAUAGAGAACUGGACCCGAUGUCGCAUUCUUCCAUGGUGUCCUCACGCGAGGAAUCGCAAGCAAGGAUGCGGAAUGUUUCCGAUGUACACCGGACACCAGUGAAAUGGAAGGUGGACGGCGAAGAGGUGACGCCCGUGCAGUCGUCACGGCGUCCGCAAGUGGAGAGAUCUCCUCAAAUAUCCAGCCUGGCCGAGCAGCCCGGACCCGCAGCUACUACUUCCUACGGUUCUUUGCAACGCGACUCUGCCGGGCCGUCAUCCUUCAUGGAUGGCGCAGUCCUCUGGAGUGUUCGACCUCCUCUCCUCGGUCAAGAGCUCCAGUCGGCGAGAUGGUCCGGAGCGCUGGUGUCGACGCAAACGCAGGAGAAACCCGCGCAAGCAAUAUCGUUGACUGUUAGCAAGCCCGAAACGUCCCAGAUGAAUGCGGAAUCCCAAAAGCAGAGAGCCUCAGCAGGUGGACCAAUAGACCAAAGCACCCCCAUGCCGCUAUCCAUUCCUGUUUCUCAAGGAGUAGUUGGCGCUUUGUGGGACAUUCAAGGUCCACUGGGGAUUUCGGGUAAAAUUAAUUCACCAGAGAACCAAGCAGCCUGGACUAACGUGCAGAAUCAGACCGCUACACAGCAACUUCCCAUCUCGAUCCAUCCAUUCGGCCAGGGCAUCGGCGCUGCAGUCUGGGGCUUCCAAAAUAAUUCCGCACUUCUCGCCGGGCAGCUCCAACCAAGGAGCACACAGGAGCUGCAGCAGCAAACUUUGGCCGUCACCGGCAGUCAGAUCAUCCUCAACCAAACCACGCCCUUUUUCUCACCGCCGCUCACACCGCUCUCCGCGCUGGCUUUGUCCGGCGCGCACCCUCUUCACGCCGUCGCGGUCAGCGCUCUGCAGAGACCACCGCACCCGAAUAUUUUCUUCACCCCGCAGGCCGUCAUGACGGAGAGACCACCCUUGCCACAAACGCUGCCCCUACCUCAGCUCUCCUCACAGACCGAAGCUCAUAAAGUUGGAGUUUCACGUUUGCCUUUUGCCCCCGACCGACUUUUGCAGUGCAUGAUAUGCGGCUGCUCUCUUCCGCGGGAGCUCGAUCUACAAAUGCAUUACUUGCAACAUGCACAAGGAGAGAUUUGACUUUUUCGUUUUAUUUUUUUGCAUUUUUUUUUAUUCUGACUCGACUCCUGCUUGUGAAUUUUGAAUGGGCAUUGGAAGUGAAAAAACUUGAAUUAAACACAUUUAUUUUAUGUCACUCAAACUACAUAUACUGUUGGUUUGGCUUAUAUGUAGUGUCACUCUGUAAAUUGCAUUUCAAUAAGCAAUUUCAACUUUCAUUUACUGCCAAUGAUGUUUAGAUUUAGACAGUUUUUAACUUAAAUGUUUUUUUUUUCAUAUGUCUUCAGCUGUUUGUUCCUUGUACAGUAUACAGUGUGCCUUUUUUUUUAAUGAGUAAAGUCUGCAUGUCGGCUAUGUUGGUAUCCUACUAGGCUUAGUUUGUACUUAGUUUGACUGAACAAUGACCUCACUCCUCAGAACGACUGUCCUCCACGUGCACUGAAAAACAUGACAACCCUUGCAUCUACCAUGUUUGAAACUACUUGUAUGACGCAGUCGUUAUUAUCAAUAAAGUUCUCGUGGGGAGUUGAGAAAACAAA